AUGUCUUGUGAAUCGCGAAUAUGUGCAGGAUGCUUGAAAAAAAUUGAUAAUAAUAAAUAUAUCAAAUGUUGUCUGUGUAACCAAACUUAUGAUGCAGUGUGUGCUAACGUCUCCGAAAAGAAGAUUAACUCAAAGGAUACUAAAAAUAUUUGGAAGUGUCAAGCGUGUAAAAAUAAGCAACCUAAAAUUUGCAAUACAAAUACUCCAAUUAGAACGAUAUUCGCCUUUGAUGAAGGACAGAAAGACGUCUUAUCCGAAUCUCAUGACUCAAAUAUAACUACGCGUAAACCAAAAUCAUUUAACUCACCUUCCAUUUCCACUAGCACAAGCUUAGAUGACAACGCCAUUGCAGCUAUUCGAUACCAAGUCUUGGAAGCAAUAAAAAUAGAAAUUCCAACAAUGCUAUCGAAGGUAAUAAAAAGUGAACUAUCUACACUAUCACAAGAGGUUCAUGAUUUAUGCAAAUCAGUUAGUUUCCUCAGUGAAAUGCAUGAUGAAAUGAAGGUAAAAAUCGAAGAGUUGUCUAAUGAUAAUAAAAGUCUACGGAAUGAAAACUCCGUACUUCAAACAACCGUUACUGAUUUAUCCGAUCGUAUCAAUAUUUUAGAGCAACACCUUCGACAAGAAAACUUAGAAUUGAAUGGUAUACCCGAACAUUAUAAUGAAAAUAUCCCCAACAUAAUUCAAAAAUGUGCCAAUGUUAUUGGUCACAAUAUAGCGGAUGAUGAUAUUGUUCAUUUCACGAGAGUAGCUAAACAAAACAGAAAGAGUGAAAAGCCUCGUUCAAUCAUAAUAAAGUUUAAAAAUAUUAGACGACGUGAUGAAUUUUAUUCAGCAGUUUACAGAUAUAACAAAACUCAUCCAGAUAACAAACUUAAUACCUCUUUGAUCGGAAUGUCCAACGAGAAGAAGCCAGUUUAUGUUUCCGAGCAUCUUUCUCCUGCUAACAAAGCUCUACAUGCUGCUGCUCGUCAAAAGGCUAAAGAAUUACAGUAUAAAUUCACAUGGUGCAGUGUUCUAUACGCCAUAGCUCGUAAGCGCAUACUCUACAGA